AAGAAAACAUAUGCUCAAGUAGCUGAAUCUACUGUCUCUAAACCUGCUGUCUCAAAACCUGCUCAAAAUCCUGAGAAAACUGAGAAGAAUACUGCUCAUAUCUCUAUUCAUAGAAAAUCAAAGAUCUCUGAAGUAAGAGUAGCAGAUUUGAAAAUGAGAACUCAAAAUAUGCAUUCUGUGCCAGAGAUCAUAAACCUAGUGAGCAUAAAUGUGAAACAUGCUCAAAAAGAGAUGAAAUAUGUCAACACACUCUGCUUAAGUGCUCUAAUUACAAAGAAAAACAUGCAUCUAGCUCAAAAGAAU